UGGCGCGCUGGCGGCGGAGGGGCGGGGAGCGCCGCCAAAGGGGACUGUUUGCUCCUACGGGCUGUAGAUGGAGCUGUCCGGCCCCGGCGAGGGGGAAGGCGCCUGGAAAACGUUCUUCCUCUCCCUGGCCGGCCCGAGCGGGGAACAGCACUCCCAGGAUGCAGUUUGUGUCAACACGGCCGCAGCCUCAGCAGCUGGGCAUCCAGGGCCUGGGGCUGGACAGCGGGAGCUGGAGCUGGGCCCAGGCUCUGCCCCCGGAGGAGGUCUGCCACCAGGAGCCGGCGCUGCGCGGGGAAAUGGCCGAGGGAAUGCCGCCCAUGCAGGCUCAAGAAUGGGACAUGGACGCCCGGCGACCAAUGCCUUUUCAGUUCCCACCCUUCCCAGAUAGGGCCCCCGUCUUCCCUGACCGCAUGAUGAGAGAGCCCCAGCUGCCCACAGCAGAGAUCUCACUCUGGACCGUGGUGGCCGCCAUUCAGGCCGUGGAGAGGAAGGUGGAUGCCCAGGCCAGCCAGCUGCUGAAUCUGGAGGGACGGACGGGGACAGCCGAGAAGAAGCUGGCCGACUGUGAGAAGACGGCUGUGGAGUUCGGGAACCACAUGGAGAGCAAGUGGGCCGUGCUGGGGACCCUGCUGCAGGAGUACGGGCUGCUGCAGAGGCGGCUGGAGAACAUGGAGAACCUGCUGAGGAACAGGAACUUCUGGGUCCUGCGGCUGCCCCCGGGCAGCAAGGGGGAGGUCCCCAAGGUUCCGGUGACUUUUGUCGACAUUGCUGUUUACUUCUCUGAGGACGAGUGGAAGAACUUGGACGAAUGGCAGAAGGAGCUUUACAACAACCUUGUGAAGGAGAACUAUAAAACCCUGAUGUCCCUGGACUCGGAGGGUCCAGUGCCCAAGCCAGAUGCUCCAACCCAGGCUGAGCCCAGGGAAGAGCCUUGCAUGUGGGAGCAACGAGAUCCAGAAGAGAGAGAAAUCCUAAUGGAUCCAGACACAGGAACAGAACCCCUGGUGUCUGCACAGGACGCAUCCUCUCAGGUGAAGCGGGAGGAGUCCCUGUGUGUCCGGGGCCAGCGGGUCCUGGAGGAGAGGGCCAUCCCCACAGAGGCCAUUUCUGACUCACCAGCCUCUGCCCAGGACCUCCUGUCCCGGAUUAAACAGGAGGAGCACCCGUGCGUGUGGGAUCAGCAGGAUUUGGCAGAGAGAGAUAUUCCAACGGACCCCAAUUCAGAGUCUCUGAUCUCAGCACAUGACAUUUUGUCAUGGAUCAAGCAGGAGGAGCAGCCGUACCCGUGGGGCCCACGCGACUCAAUGGAAGGAGAGCUUGGAUUAGAUUCUGGCCCCAGUGACAGCCUGCUGAUGGUGAAGAACCCCGCCCCCGCCCCGCCGCAGCCGCAGCCCCAGCCCGCUCCGCAGAGCCUGCCCCCGCUCCCGGCGGCCGAGAACCCGGGCGGCGCCCCGAGCCGCGGCGCGGCCGGGCUGCUGGACGACGGCUUCCCGCGCCGGCCCGGGAGCGGGGCGCGGCCGGGCGCAGGCGGGCGGGGAGGGUGGCGGCGCGGGCGGGGCCCGGGCGGCGCGGGCGGCGGCCCGGGCGGGGGCGGUGCGGGCGGCGGCCCGGGCGGCGGCGGGGGCUGCGGCAGCUGCUGCCCGGGCGGCCUGCGGCGGAGCCUCCUCCUGCACGGUGCGCGCAGCAAGCCCUACUCGUGCCCCGAGUGCGGCAAAAGCUUCGGCGUGCGCAAGAGCCUCAUCAUCCACCACCGCAGCCACACCAAGGAGCGGCCGUACGAGUGCGCCGAGUGCGAGAAGAGCUUCAACUGCCACUCGGGCCUCAUCCGCCACCAGAUGACGCACCGCGGCGAGCGGCCCUACAAGUGCUCCGAGUGCGAGAAGACCUACAGCCGCAAGGAGCACCUGCAGAACCACCAGCGGCUGCACACGGGCGAGCGGCCCUUCCAGUGCGCGCUCUGCGGCAAGAGCUUCAUCCGCAAGCAGAACCUGCUCAAGCACCAGCGCAUCCACACGGGCGAGCGGCCCUACACAUGCGGCGAGUGCGGCAAGAGCUUCCGCUACAAGGAGUCUCUCAAGGACCACCUGCGCGUGCACAGCGGCGGCCCGGGCCUCGGCGCACCGCGGCCCCUCCAGGCGCCGCCGGAGCGAGACUAGGGCUGGGCUGGGGGCGGGGAGGGCCCGGCGGCAGGAGCAGGGGGUGGAGGCGGGCCUGGGGGCAGCCUGAGGAUCCACCGUCCUGCCUGUGGUUCUCCCCCUCCCUCUGCCCGCCACCUGCUGGAAAUCGGGAACAGGUAUUGCACUCCAGACAGGGUCCCCCGAGGGUUGGGCAGGGGUCCCCUAGACCUGUCUGGCCUAAAUGGACAGCCCAGCUCAUCUCAUAGGGUGGACCAAGGGGCCGGCUGAGCAGCUGCCCGCGGGGAGGGUGCCAGAGGGACAACGACGGGGUGAGGGGCCUUGGGCACCCCCCUCAGACAGCUCGUGUGCCCAUUUGGCCUUUGGGGUCACAGAUUGUGAUCAGGGGAAGCAACGGGGGAGUCUGGGCACCCUCUGAGAUAAGGAAGUAAGGUCCUAGGGUUAAGGGGCGCUGCAGAAGGAAGCGGAAGGUGACGGUGAGGUGAGGGAUGUGCUAAGGGUUACUAACAUCUCCGAUGACAACACUGCCUCGCGUUUGAAUAGCGCUUUAUACUUUUUUAAACGUGUUUUCUAUCCGUUAUCUAUUUCGCCCUUAGCCUAUCCCUCUGAGGUAGGUGGAGUAGGGUUUUCCUGACUUGGUAACUCAGGAAAGUGAGCUGCAGCUGAGAUGGUUUACCCAAGGUCACACAAAAAGAGUGGCAGGGCUGGGCCAGGCUCUGCACCCCAGCGCAGUGUCCCCACCACACACUCUGCCUACCUCCGUGGUCUGAGAGACCUCUCUGGCCUUGCCUCUUCUGGUCUCUCUCCUCUCUCUGUCCCCUGACCCACCAAAAAUAAUCAGAAGCAACAGGGGGCCAACUCAUGUGCUUACUUGGAAUGGGGAGCAGAUUGGCGACAAAAUGCCCCAAGUUGUGCUUCUGAAAGGCUCUUCUUAUGUGGGCACUCCUGGGCAGAAGGGCCCCCUGCCCCCAGCCUGCCCUCCCCCGCUCCAGUCCCUCAUCUGGUGCAGCAGCAUCUUUGCACUGCACAGUAGUGACCUGGCCCUCCAGAGGCAGCUGGCGCCCUGGGUCAGACCUCACCCUGAUGAUUUAUUCCAGUUUCCCAGGGCGGAGGGGUGAGGGAGAGGCUCGUGCUGCAGGAGCAGCCAUCGAGGAAGUGAGUCUCUCCAGGAGGGCCAGGCAAGUGGGUGCUAGAGUCUGAGAGCCCUCAGUCUCUCUCCUGCCCUGAGCCUCCCAACUGGUGCUAUCUGUUAACUGACCAUGCUCACGGACAUGGACACAGACCCUACCAUGCUCCAGACCCUGCAGGCGCCCCAGGAGGCGCCCAAAGGACUCCCUUUCGUGUUGGUGCAUCUGCUCCAUGGUCCCAAGGGGACACAGGCUCCAUUUCUGCGUCUUGCAUGGCCAGGCACUGGGGUGGAGUGGCAUGCCCCAGGACUCUUGUUUGUGUCAAGAAUGACUUUUCCUGCUCCUCCCAUCGAUUCUGCUUCUCUCCCAGCCAGGGAGCACAGUGGGCAGCCAGCACCUGGCACCACGUUCGUGAGCGCUCUGCUUCUGCCCUUCCCCUCAUCUGCACCGCUCUGCUUUCCUCAGACCCCUUUUGGCCAUGCAAAGGGAAUUCUUGAAAUUAAAUAAAAGGUGUCCAGAUUGCA